GACAAUAAUGCACUGUUUCCUUAAAAAAAAAUAAAAGAAAAUAAUGAACUGUUUACCCGCUGGGGUUUUUGUUUGCCACUGCCCCAAACACAAAUCUCAGCUAGGGUUUCAGUCACCACUGCUCCAUCAUCUUCCUCAGCAAUGGUCGGCGGCUUCGAAGUAGGCGCCGUUCCUUUCAACCCUGACGGUUGGGGCCCUCCAGACGCCACAACAGCCACCACUACCACUACUGCCACCUCAACCCUCCCUCUCCAUGUUCCCUUCGCCCCCUUCUCCCGAUCAGAAAAACUAGGCCGAAUUGCCGACUGGACCCGCAACGUCAACAACCCCAAUGCGACUCGCCCAAACGCCAACAAAACUGCAUUGGAUUCGGUUUUUGACUUUACCGCAGAUGAUUCCUUUCCCGCAGCAGCUGCUGCCGGUGACGAUGACUCAACUUUCCGCCUUGUAGACGGAAAACCUCCUCCGCGCCCCAAAUUUGGGCCUAAGUGGCGGUUCAACCAACACCGCCCGCAGCUUCCACAGCGACGCGAUGAAGAGGUGGAAGCUCGUAAACGCGAGGCGGAAAAGGAACGCGCCCGUCGUGACCGGCUCUACAACCUCAACCGUUCCAACCAAAACCAUCCACGUCGCGAGGCGGCCGCUUUUAAGUCAUCGGUGGACAUCCAACCAGAGUGGAACAUGCUGGAUCAGAUACCCUUUUCAACGUUUUCAAAGCUCUCAUUCACAGUCCCUGAGCCGGAAGAUCUACUUCUCUGCGGCGGCCUCGAGUUUUACGAUAGAUCGUAUGAUAGAAUCACUCCCAAAAACGAGCGUCGUUUGGAGAGGUUCAAAAACCGAAACUUUUUCAAAGUCACUACUACUGACGAUCCAGUGAUACGGAGGCUUGCCAAUGAGGAUAAAGCUACGGUCUUUGCAACGGAUAAUAUCCUCGCAACUUUGAUGUGCGCACCGAGGUCAGUGUAUUCAUGGGAUAUUGUGAUUCAGAGGGUCGGAAACAAGCUCUUUUUUGAUAAGAGGGAUGGUUCCCAGCUAGAUUUGCUUUCGGUGCAUGAGACUUCACAUGAGCCGUUGCCAGAGGCCAAGGAUGAUAUGAACUCUGCAUAUGCAUUGAGUGUUGAAGCAGCUUAUAUUAAUCAGAACUUCUCACAGCAGGUCUUGAUUAGGGAUGGGAAUAAGGUCGCUUUUGAUGAGCCCAACCCGUUUGCAAACGAAGGAGAGGAAGUUGCUUCUGUGGCCUAUAGGUAUAGGCGGUGGAAGCUUGAUGAUGAUAUGUAUCUUGUUGCCCGUUGUGAAGUGCAGAGUGUUGUGGAGGUUAACAAACAGAGGUCGUUUUUGACGUUGAAUGCUCUUAAUGAGUUUGACCCUAAAUAUUCAGGAGUUGAUUGGAGGCAGAAGUUGGAGACUCAAAGAGGUGCAGUUUUGGCUACUGAAUUGAAGAACAACGCCAAUAAAUUGGCUAAGUGGACUGCUCAAGCUCUGGUGGCCAGUGCAGAUUUGAUGAAAUUGGGUUAUGUGUCCAGGGUUCAUCCAAGGGACCAUUAUAAUCAUGUGAUAUUGGCAGUAGUUGGGUACAAGCCGAGGGAUUUUGCCUCCCAGAUUAAUUUGAAUACAUCCAACAUGUGGGGGAUUGUGAAGAGUAUUGUUGACUUGUGUAUGAAGUUGAAUGAAGGAAAAUAUGUGUUGGUGAAAGACCCGUCCAAGCCACAAGUGAGAAUUUAUGAAGUUCCAGCUGAUGCUUUUGAGAAUGAUUAUGUAGAGGAGCCUUUGCCUGAGGAGGAGCAGGUUCAGCCCCCUGGUGAGGAUACUGAGAAUGUAGAGACAAAUGGAGCUGCAAAUGAUGUUGAAGAUAAACAGAUUGAUGCUCAAGCUUAAAGUGCAUAUUGGCAGUGGUUUUGGCAAGAAAAUGAAGUGGCUGUGAUGCUGUUUGCAAUUGGAGCUUUACUCACACUCCCCCAUUGUGUCCCAGAGUAGUGCAAUCCUGUUCCUCUGUUUUUUUUUUUUUCCAAGUCUUUCUAUUUACAUCUUGAUGUUUCAAUGUAGUUGCAAAGAUUUUACAAUAUUAGAUGUUCGCCUUGUUGAGACUCGAUGGAUACAAUAAGACAAGUAUUCAUAUGGUUGGAAUUUUGUUGGUAUGCUAUUGACAGCCUGCUUUGAGCU